ACUUCAUGGUUUGAAAUCUGGAAAGACGUUGAAAGAGUUUCGCGGUCAUUCAUUUUUUGUUAACGAUGCAAUAUUUUCAUAUGACAUGUCAAGGGUGAUCAGCGCAAGUAGCGAUGAUACUGUAAAGAUUUUGGGCAGUAAAUCAACUAGCUGCCUCCACACAAUAACGCCACAUGGCGGACAGGGAGCCACCGCAACUAUUUCAGGUGGAAUAACGGUUAAUUGUGUUGUUCAAGUGCCAAAGAAUAUGGAUCAAAUAAAAUUAUUUGUAAUAAUUUACUUAGUAACCAUGAGAGGACAGGGCGAUUUCAUUUAUUGUGCAGCAGAAGAUUCAAAUUUAUAUUGUUUUAAUGUUCAAACUGGAAAGUCAACAACUUUAAAGUUAUCUGAUUCAGAAGUUAUUGGAACUUCGCAUCAUCCAUUUUCAAACAUUUUGGCAUAA